CACCUCGGCUAGAGAAACGUCCCUUAGACAUUGACCGUACCGGCGUACCUAAACAAAUACUUGUUGGAAGUUUUUUUGGAGGAUGGAAUCAAGUUCGUCCAAUGUUAGAAAUUUGUAAAAUACUAGUUGAACGUGGAUAUAAUGUGACAUUAGUAGCUCCUGGAGAUCUAUUACCAUCGUCAGAGUAUCCUACGAUUAACCAAAUUUCAACUGGUCCUUCUAUAGAAUCCGACGCUACGUAUCAAGAACUAUAUCAUAAAACAUUUAAUCGUAAUCAAAUGUCUAGCUUGCGAACGCCAUUUAUACCUUACAAGUCAGAAGUUUGGUACAACUGUCAUGUUAAUAUGGAAAAUGAGUCGUUCGUUAAUAGAUUUAGAUGUGCAAUUAUCGAACCUAUCAGAUCGAUUUCUGAAAUGUGGUCAUCUAUUGAUGCGUUAAAUGAACUAAGGUCUACUGUUGGAAUUAGACCUGUUCAUAAUCCCUUUGAAAGAAUGAAAAAUUCUUUAUUCUUAGUUAACACUUUUUUUGGACUUGAAGUACCACAUCCUUUGCCACCUCUUGUACAGGAAAUUGGACCCGUGAUGCAAGAUAAAUAUCCAUUAAUCACACCCAGACUCUCGUCAUUCAUAUCUCCUCGUUCUCAAAUCCUCUACAUUUCGUUCAAUCCAAAUACUUUUAUACGCCCAGAAACAAAUAUAAUCCUUCUUCACUCUAUAUUAGAGUCCAUUCAAAAGGGAUUAAUUGAUGGUGCAAUCUGGUAUUCACCAUCUUUUAGCGAAGAAUUCAUUUCUACUAAAAUAACUUUAUCGGAUGAAAAAACGGUUUCAAUCUCAGAUCUUUUAUUAAACAAACACCCUGACUUACUUUUCACAAAGUCAACUUCACAAUUUUCAAUUUUAAACCAAACAAACGUAAAAUUAUUUUUAACAACUGGUGAUAUUACAACUUCUUACGAAUCUUUAUAUACAGGAACUCCAAUGUUAAUACUUCCUGUAUCCUUUGAUCAAUUAAGUAAUUCGGAAAAAUUAGUCGGAUUGGGUGUUGCUUUAACGCUUCCAACCUAUUUUUCUGCUGCUAAGGUCAUAAAAAAUAUUGAAGAAAUUUUAAAUGAUGUAAAUAUACAAAAGAAUUUAAAAAAGACUAAAUUGUUG